AUGCCCAUCCAACGACAAGGCCUGAUCCUUUCCGUCAACGCUGGCUCGUUCUCCCUCAAGUUCCUAGACCAUCUGGAGCAUGGAUCCGGCAUCAAGAAGGGCGACCUCCAACAGGUCUACUACCGCGGCGUCCAUGGCGGCGACUGCGCAGAGCCCGCCAGCAUCUCCGAGACCUACCACCACACCGAGAAGCUCACCGACCUCGCCCCUCUACAUAACGGCGCCGCCCUAGCCGCCAUCCAAGCCUACCUCAAAUCCCUCCCGAACGCGCACUCGAUCGCCUACUUCGACACCACCUUCCACCGCGCACUCCCCGCCCACGUCUCCUCCCACGCCAUCGACCCCUCCGUCGCCCGCCCGUUGGCCUUUGACCUGUUCAUGGACCAUAUCCUCGGAUACGUCGGCGCCUACUUCGUCGCGCUGCAGGGCAACUUCGAUGCUCUUGUAUUCGCGGGCGGCAUCGGCGAAAAGUCGGUUGAGCUCCGGGAACGCGUUGCGGAGCGCGUGCGGUGUUUGGGAUUCUGGCCUGUGGAUCCCAAGAAGAACGGGGGCAUAAAGAUCGUGAAUAAUAUGGUACAGCGCGACACCAAUAACGAUUUAUUGAAUUCGAUAUGCUUUCGCGUCGUCGUCAGCUCCAACUACCGCGAAGACGAGCACGUCAUCAUGUUCUAG